UUAAAAAAAAAGUAAGAGAUAGAUAAACUAAACAACCAAUCAUCAUUCGUUCCAAGUAAUUACAUUAAAAAGCUUAUCGCUCAAGCUCGAGGUCACAGUCUAUCGUUCGUUGUUAGUAAAACGUCGUAGUGACAUUCAAACCGGGAACAUUUACGUCUGAAUACCGGUCGGUGUUAGUUGUCUUCCAAUUAAAAAAGAAAAUACAAACGUAGUUCGUUUUUUUAUUUUUUGGUAACAAACAUAAAAAGAAGAACCAAAAAAAAAAAGAAAAAGAAAAAUGAUAAUAUACAAAUCGCGAAGAAACAUAACGAAGAUUAUGAUAAUCGACGUCCUAUUGUUAUUAUCGCUUGUAACUUUAACCUAUGGGAAAAUUUUAAGCGAAUGCGAAGCCAUGAAAGAAUUACAACGCGGUGGCAUCUCGAGAAGUUUCAUAAGCAACUGGAUUUGUUUAAUGAAGAACGAAAGUGGUAUGGACACUCAACUUAUCACCGGUCCAAAAGCUGCAUCCAACUAUUAUUACGGUAUAUUUCAAAUAAGCAGUGGAAAAUGGUGUACACGUGGUCGCGUUGGUGGUAUUUGUAACAAACGUUGCGAGGAUUUUGCCAAUGACGACAUACAAGAUGACAUAAUUUGCGCUAAAACAAUCUCAAACAUGGAUGGAUUUAAAGCAUGGAACGAAUGGACCAAAAAAUGCAAGAACAAACCAUUACCGAAUAUCAGACAUUGUACUAGGAGACGAUCAAUUACGUAAAACCAUGAACAAAUCAUUGUUUUUACUUAUCUACUUGAUUAAUUUUUAAGUAUACAAUCUUUUGUUUUUUUUUUCCAACAUUUCAUUAAUUAUUGUUGGAUUAAUAAACUAAGAAAUUAUUGUUAA